ACACACACAUAGUGAAGCCGCCGCCGCCGCCGCUGCUGCUGCUGCUCACACACUGUCCGGCCACUUGGAAAUUUCCCUCAACGCGCAGGAUAUUUGCGAUCCGAGGAGCGGGACUGUCGGCUAAUGUGCAUCUUCUCAGGGCUGCCCUCGCUUUGAAAUGCCCCAGUAGAGGACCUGAAGCUGUGAAGAUCAGCGGACAUCCAAGGCUGCAUUGUCCUCAGCAAAAAGGUGUAGCUGCAGCUCCCGCCCGCACCACCCGCCAAGAUGGUGGCGUUGUCGCUGAAAAUCUGUGUGCGCCAGUGCAACGUUGUGAAGACGAUGCAGUUUGAGCCCUCCACAGCUGUCUAUGAUGCUUGCAGGAUCAUCAGAGAGAGGGUCCCGGAGGCUCAAACCGGACAGGCUUCAGACUACGGUUUGUUUCUGUCUGAUGAAGACCCCAGAAAAGGCAUCUGGUUGGAGUCUGGAAGGACACUGGACUAUUACAUGCUUCGCAACGGGGAUAUUCUCGAAUACAAGAAGAAGCAAAGACCCCAGAAAAUCAAAAUGUUGGAUGGUGCCGUAAAGACCAUCAUGGUGGAUGACUCCAAGACAGUGGGAGAGCUGCUUGUGACUAUAUGCAGCAGAAUAGGCAUCACAAACUACGAGGAAUAUUCCCUGAUCCAGGAGACGGUGGAGGAGAAGAAGGAGGAAGGGAUGGGCACGCUGAAGAAGGACAGGACGCUGCUGCGUGACGAGAGGAAGAUGGAGAAGCUGAAAGCCAAACUGCACACGGACGACGACUUGAACUGGCUGGACCACAGCCGGACAUUCAGAGAGCAGGGGGUGGACGAGAACGAGACUCUGCUGCUCAGACGCAAGUUCUUCUACUCGGACCAGAAUGUAGACUCCAGAGACCCGGUCCAGCUCAACCUGCUUUACGUGCAGGCUCGAGAUGACAUCCUCAACGGUUCCCACCCCGUAUCAUUUGACAAGGCCUGUGAGUUCGGAGGCAUUCAGGCCCAGAUCCAGUUCGGACCUCACAUAGAGCACAAACACAAACCUGGAUUCUUAGACCUGAAGGAGUUUCUCCCCAAAGAAUACAUCAAGCAGAGAGGAGCUGAGAAGAAAAUAUUUCAGGACCACAAGAACUGUGGAGAAAUGACAGAGAUUGAAGCAAAAGUGAAAUAUGUCAAACUGGCGCGAUCCUUACGGACGUACGGCGUCUCCUUCUUCCUCGUCAAGGAAAAGAUGAAGAGUAAGAACAAGCUGGUGCCGCGGCUCUUGGGGAUCACCAAAGAGUCCGUGAUGAGAGUGGACGAGAAAACCAAAGAUGUGGUUCAGGAGUGGCCUCUGACCACUGUGAAGAGGUGGGCAGCGUCACCCAAGAGCUUCACCCUGGACUUUGGGGAGUACCAGGAGAGCUACUACUCGGUUCAGACCACUGAAGGGGAACAGAUCUCUCAGCUCAUUGCCGGUUACAUCGACAUCAUCCUCAAAAAGAAGCAAAGCAAGGACCGCUUCGGAUUAGAAGGUGAUGAGGAGUCGACCAUGCUCGAGGAAUCUGUGUCCCCGAAAAAGUCGACCAUCCUUCAGCAACAGUUUAACCGCGUUGGCCGCGUGGAGCACGGCUCCGUGGCACUGCCAGGGGUGAUUCGCUCCGGCUCCAUCGGCACGGAGUCGCUUAGCAUGGGUACCAUGCCAUCUGCUCAGCAGCAGAUCACAAUGGGCCAGAUGCACCGCGGACACAUGCCACCACUGAGCUCAGCACAGCAGGCUCUGAUGGGAACCAUCAACACCAGUAUGCAAGCCGUACAGAAGGCUCAGAUAGACCUGGGGGAGGUUGACAACCUGCCGCCACUGGGACAAGACAUGGCAUCCAAGAUGUGGAUCCAAAACAAGAUGGAUGAAUCAAAACAUGAGAUCCACUCGCAGGUCGACGCCAUCACGGCAGGAACAGCCUCUGUUGUCAACCUCACUGCUGGUGAUCCCACCGACACGGAUUACACAGCGGUGGGAUGCGCCAUCACCACUAUUUCCUCCAACCUGACUGAAAUGUCAAAGGGCGUGAAGCUGUUGGCUGCACUGAUGGAGGACGAUGUGGGAGGAGGAAAUGACCUGAUGAAGGCCGCCAGGACACUUGCAGGAGCCGUAUCUGACCUGCUGAAGGCCGUGGAGCCGGCCUCUGGAGAGCCCAGACAGACUGUGCUGACAGCGGCAGGCAGCAUCGGCCAGGCCAGCGGAGACCUCCUGCGCCAGAUUGGAGAGAGCGAGACAGACGAGAGGUUCCAGGACGUCCUCAUGAAUCUGGCCAAAGCGGUGGCUAAUGCGGCGGCCAUGUUGGUGCUGAAGGCCAAGAACGUGGCCCAGGUUGCAGAAGACACCGUCCUCCAGAACCGGGUCAUCGCUGCCGCCACACAGUGCGCCCUGUCCACCUCGCAGCUGGUGGCAUGUGCCAAGGUGGUGAGUCCGACCAUCAGUUCCCCGGUUUGCCAGGAGCAGCUGAUAGAAGCCGGAAAGCUGGUGGAUCGCUCGGUGGAAAGCUGCGUGCAGGCCUGCCUCUCAGCCACGGAAGAUGGCGAACUCCUGAAACAGGUGAGCGCAGCGGCCAGCGUGGUGAGUCAGGCUCUGGGAGAUCUCCUCCAGCACGUCCGGCAGUACACGUCAAGGGGAGAGCCAAUCGGGCGCUACGACCAGGCCACAGACACCAUCAUGACCGUCACUGAGAGCAUCUUCAGCUCCAUGGGAGACGCAGGAGAGAUGGUCCGUCAGGCUCGGGUCUUGGCUCAGGCCACCUCAGACCUGGUGAAUGCCAUGAGGUCCGACGCCGAGGCCGAGGUGGAUGUUGACAAUUCUAAGAAGUUGCUGGCAGCUGCUAAGUUGCUGGCUGAUGCCACCGCAAGGAUGGUGGAGGCAGCAAAGGGCGCGGCGGCGUACCCGGAGAACGAGGACCAGCAGCAGAGGCUGAGGGAGGCUGCAGAGGGGCUGCGUGUGGCCACAAACGCUGCUGCUCAGAAUGCCAUCAAGAAGAAACUGAUCAACAAACUGGAGAAUGCUGCCAAGCAAGCCGCGGCUGCAGCCACGCAGACCAUCGCUGCCGCUCAAAACGCCGCCGCCUCGAACAAGAACACAGCUGCUCACCAGCAGCUGGUGCAGAGCUGCAAGGCUGUUGCAGACCACAUCCCACAGCUUGUCCAGGGAGUUCGUGGCAGUCAGGCCAAACCAGAGGACCUCAGUGCACAACUCGCUCUCAUCAUUGCCAGCCAGAACUUCUUACAGCCCGGUAGUAAGAUGGUGACCUCGGCCAAGUCGUCUGUUCCCACGGUGACAGAUCAGGCUGCAGCCAUGCAACUGGGUCAGUGUGCCAAGAACCUGGCCACCUGCCUGGCUGAACUGAGGAUGUCUGCACAGAAGGCUCAUGAAGCUUGCGGCCCCAUGGAGAUCGACUCUGCGCUCACCGCCAUCCAGACCCUGAGAAGUGAGCUGCAAGAUGCCAAGCUGGCUGCUGUAAACACCCAACUGAAACCGCUACCUGGAGAAUCGUUGGAGAAGUGUGCUCAGGAUCUGGGCAGCACCUCGAAGUCGGUGGGAUCCUCCAUGGCUCAGCUGCUCACCUGCGCUGCACAAGGAAAUGAGCACUACACAGGAAUAGCAGCCAGAGAGACGGCUCAGGCCCUGAAAACUCUGGCCCAGGCGGCCCGCGGCGUCGCUGCCUCCACCACAGACCCUAAGGCUGCAGCUGCCAUGCUGGACUCGGCUCGUGACGUUAUGGAGGGUUCUGCGCUUCUGAUUCACGAGGCUAAGCAGGCGCUGAUUUCCCCUGGAGAUGCAGAGAGCCAACAGAGGCUGGCACAGGUGGCCAAGGCCGUCUCUCAUUCCCUGAAUAACUGCGUCAACUGUCUGCCCGGCCAGAAGGAUGUGGACAUGGCUCUCAAGAGCAUCGGGGAGGCCAGCAAGAAGCUGCUGAUUGAAACUAUCCCUCCGGCCUCCAAGUCGUUCCAGGAGGCCCAGAGUGAGCUGAACCAAACAGCGGCAGACCUGAACCAGUCGGCAGGCGAGGUGGUCCACGCCUCCAGGGGCUCCAGCAGCCAGCUGGCUGUGGCCUCUGGGAAGUUCAGCCAAGACUUUGAUGAGUUCCUGGAUGCUGGCAUAGAGAUGGCUGGGCACACUCAGAAAAAGGAUGAUCAGGUGCAGGUGAUUGGUAACCUGAAGAACAUCUCUAUGGCUUCAAGCAAACUGCUGCUGGCUGCUAAGAGUCUGUCUGUGGACCCAGCUGCGGCAAAUGCCAAGAACCUGCUAGCUGCUGCCGCGAGAGCUGUGACUGACAGCAUCAACCAGCUGAUCACGCUGUGUACACAGCAGGCUCCUGGCCAGAAGGAGUGUGAUAACGCCCUGAGAGAGUUGGAGGCUGUCAGAGGAAUGCUGGACAAUCCCAAUGAACCAGUCAGUGACCUCUCCUACUUCGACUGCAUCGAGAGCGUGAUGGAGAACUCCAAGGUCCUCGGAGAGUCCAUGGCAGGUAUUUCUCAGAACUGCAAGACCGGAGAUGUGCCCGCAUUUGGAGACUGCGUGGGCUCAGCCUCCAAAGCCCUGUGUGGCCUCACUGAAGCUGCAGGACAGGCCUCCUACCUGGUGGGUGUAUCUGAUCCCAACAGUCAAGCAGGACACCAGGGGUUGGUGGAUCCCAUCCAGUUCGCCAAAGCCAACCAGGCAAUCCAGAUGGCCUGUCAGAAUCUUGUUGACCCCGAGAGCAGCCCCUCCCAGGUGCUCUCAGCAGCCACCAUUGUUGCUAAGCACACCUCGGCAUUGUGCAACGCCUGCCGUCUGGCUUCCUCUAAGACAACCAACCCGGUUGCCAAGAGACACUUUGUCCAGUCUGCCAAGGAGGUGGCCAACAGCACCGCCAACUUGGUCAAAACCAUCAAGGCUUUAGACGGUGAUUUCUCAGAGGAGAACAGGAACAGGUGUCGAGUCGCCACAGCGCCGCUAAUCGAAGCUGUGGAAAACCUGACAACGUUUGCUUCCAACCCAGAGUUUGCCAGCGUCCCAGCUCAAAUCAGCAAUGAGGGCUCUGCAGCACAGGAGCCCAUCCUGCACUCAGCACGCUCUAUGCUGGACAGCUCAACUCACCUGCUCAAAACUGCACGCUCAUUGGUUAUCAACCCCAAAGACCCGCCCACGUGGUCGGUUCUGGCUGGUCACUCUCGCACUGUCUCCGACUCCAUCAAGAGCCUCAUCACAGCCAUCCGGGACAAGGCUCCAGGCCAGCGGGAGUGCGACUCGUCAAUUGAUAACAUCAACAAAUGUAUCCGGGACAUAGAGCAGGCUUCUCUGGCAGCCGUCAGCCAGAACUUACCUAGCAGGGACGACAUCUCGCUGGAGGCGCUACAAGAGCAGCUGACGUCCACCGUGCAGGAAAUUGGCCACUUAAUUGACCCCGUUUCCACUGCUGCCAGGGGCGAAGCUUCCCAACUAGGACACAAGGUGACCCAACUGGCUCGUUACUUUGAGCCGCUGAUCAAGGCCUCUGUGGGCGUGGCAUCCAAGCUCAAUGACCACCAGCAGCAGAUGACUUUCCUGGACCAAACCAAGACUCUGGCUGAGUCUGCCCUGCAGAUGCUCUACGCUGCCAAGGAGGGUGGAGGAAACCCAAAGGCGUCGCAUACCCACGAUGCCAUAGCAGAGGCGGCUCAGCUCAUGAAGGAGGCGGUUGAUGACAUCAUGGUGACGCUGAAUGAGGCCGCCAGCGAGGUGGGGAUGGUGGGAGGAAUGGUGGAGUCCAUUGCAGAGGCCAUGGCCAAGCUGGAUGAAGGGACGCCACCGGAACCUGAGGGCUCUUUUGUGGAUUACCAGACCAGCAUGGUGAAAUACUCUAAAGCAAUCGCCGUCACUGCUCAGGAAAUGAUGACUAAAUCGGUGACGUGUCCAGAUGAGCUGGGAGCUCUGGCCUCUCAGGUGACCGUGGACUACAGCCAGCUGGCCGUUCAGGGACGACUGGCCGCUCACACAGCUGAGCCAGAGGAGAUUGGUUUCCAGAUCAAGACCAGAGUGCAGGAGCUCGGUCAUGGCUGCAUCUUCCUGGUCCAGAAGGCCGGAGCUCUGCAGAUCACUCCGUCCGACAGCUUCACCAAGCGAGAGCUCAUUGACUGCGCCCGGGCAGUCACAGAAAAGGUGUCCUUGGUGCUCUCAGCCCUCCAGGCAGGUAACAAGGGCACUCAGGCUUGCAUCACAGCAGCCAGCGCAGUAUCCGGCAUCAUCGCCGAUCUGGACACCACCAUCAUGUUCGCCUCUGCCGGCACACUCAACACAGAGAACGACGAGUCCUUCGCUGACCACAGGGAAAACAUUUUGAAGACGGCCAAGGCUCUGGUCGAGGACACAAAGAUGCUGGUGUCCGGCGCAGCUUCCGGUCAGGACAGGUUGGCUCAGGCCGCUCAGUCUUCUGCCAAAACCAUCACCCAGCUCACGGAUGUGGUCAAACUGGGAGCCGCCAGCAUCGGCUCUGAUGAUCCUGAGACGCAGGUGGUUCUGAUAAAUGCUGUCAAAGAUGUGGCCAAGGCGCUGGCCGAGCUCAUUAGUGCCACCAAGUGUGCCGCUGGCAAGUCAGCAGAUGAUCCGUCCAUGUACCAACUGAAGAGCGCUGCCAAGGUCAUGGUUACCAACGUGACGUCCCUGCUGAAGACGGUGAAGGCUGUGGAGGACGAGGCUACCCGAGGCACCAGAGCGCUGGAGGCCACCAUCGAGUGCAUUAAGCAGGAAAUGGCGCUGUUUCAAUCCAGGGAUGCCCCCAACAAGACGACCACACCUGAGGAGUUCAUUCGCAUGACUAAGGGCAUCACCAUGGCAACUGCUAAAGCCGUGGCAGCAGGAAACUCUGCUCGGCAGGAGGACAUCAUCCAUACGGCCAACCUCAGCCGCAAAGCCAUUUCAGACAUGCUCAACACCUGCAAGCAAGCGGCCUACCAUCCAGAGGUCAGUGAGGAGGUGAAGAACAGAGCGCUGAUGUUCGGAUCAGAGUGCACAACCGGAUACAUCGAUCUGCUGGAACAAGUGCUAAUGGUCCUACAGAAGCCCACUGCAGAGCAGAAGCAGCUGUUGGCAGCUUGCUCCAAACGAGUGGCCGGAGCCGUCACAGAGCUCAUCCAGACCGCCGAGGCCAUGAAAGGUUCAGAGUGGGUGGACCCCGAGGAUCCGACGGUGAUCGCAGAGACGGAGCUGCUCGGAGCGGCAGCGUCCAUCGAGGCAGCAGCCAAGAAGCUGGAGCAGCUCAAACCUCGAGCCAAGCCAAAGCAGGCGGACGAGACGCUGAACUUUGAGGAGCAGAUCCUAGAAGCGGCCAAAUCCAUCGCUGCAGCCACCAGCGCUUUGGUCAAAUCAGCCUCAGCCGCUCAGAGAGAGCUGGUGGCUCAGGGAAAAGUGGGCUCCAUCCCAGCCAACGCCGUGGACGACGGACAGUGGUCCCAGGGGCUCAUCUCUGCCGCUCGUAUGGUCGCGGCAGCCACCAGCAACCUGUGCGAGGCCGCCAACGCCUCGGUACAGGGCCACGCCAGCGAGGAGAAGCUCAUCUCUUCGGCCAAACAGGUGGCGGCAUCCACUGCUCAGCUGCUGGUGGCCUGUAAGGUGAAGGCUGACCAGGACUCUGAGGCCAUGAGGAGACUGCAGAUUGCUGGCAACGCCGUGAAGAAGGCAUCAGACAAUUUGGUGCGGGCGGCCCAGAAGGCAGCAUUUGACAAAGCAGAUGAAGACAAUGUGGUGGUCAAGACCAAGUUCGUGGGUGGAAUAGCACAGAUCAUCGCAGCGCAGGAGGAGAUGCUGAGGAAGGAGAGAGAGCUGGAAGAAGCCAGAAAGAAACUGGCUCAGAUCAGGCAGCAGCAGUACAAGUUCCUGCCCAGCGAACUUCGAGAGGACAGCAACUAACCGCUGCAGUUCAUGCUGAAACCAGUGUCGAGAGCACAUCUGUAUUUGUGUGCAAAUAGUGUGUCGUCCCUAACGGCACACCUGGACAGGUAUGUGGCCUCCAGUGACUUCAGAUAUAUUGUGACUGAUUUAAGAAACCAGUAAAGCCCAAGUCUGCAGUGAAACACCGCCGACCGCAUCGUGUGGAAAAGAUCUUCAAGUCAACUGCUAGCAAGUUUGAAAUACUACUGUGUGGAAACUGACUACUUGGUGAAAACAGCGUAAAGAUUGCGGUGAUUCGACUGAAGAGCUUCUUCAUGUCCUCAUGUAAAGCAUAACUACUUCGACUGACCUAAACCAGAAUGUGACCUGCUUAGGGACAAACAGCACAGCUCAUUUGCUCUCACGUUUGCCCGCAAGCUCCGAAUUUUCUUUCUUUUCUUUAAAAACUUGCAGCUCUAGUGCAUACACUUUAAAAAUGAAGAAUUGAUUGUACUGCUGUUCGUGUCUCAUAGCUGUUAACUGCUUCCGAGAGCAAAAAACAUUUCAGCUGGGUACUCUGAUACUGAAUAAAUGUUGGCCUUUGUGCUCCA